AAAACAACAGGUCACCGGCUCUGUGGUGGGUGCAGGCUGGUCUGCAAGAUACACUAUGAGAAUGGUCGUAGCGCACUGCACUCGCAUUUAACAUGUUCUUGCCUGAGAGAAAACAUGUCCUUGGAGAAAAUUUUUUACACUGGUGAAUUUUAGGAAAAAGACUGGAUUAACAAUAUUUUAAAAUAAAUAUUUUUACUUGUGAAGGAAUUUUUUUUCAUGUUUUGAAAUACAAAUAUAUUGGUGUGACUCUUUACAUACAAGGAAAAGUGAGUAUAGAAAUGACUGACACAACCCUGUGAGGAAAGAUGAGAAUGACAACGACAGAAGAAGCACAGCCUGGGUGGACAACUGCUUCCUAAAAUAUUUAUUGUGUUAAAAUCAUCAAUAUAAAAUCAUACAUCAACAGAAGAGGCAGGCAACUUCGGAAAGAUAUUACUUUUGUGGAGCACAUUAAUGAUGGCGACAUCCGAGGAUCUUUCAGCCCAGCCUAACCCAUCCCAAACUGUGAAAUAUGAUCCAAAGUCUCAAACUGUAACGUUACCAAAUGGGUUGGUUUCUGUGUCCGGUGUCACGGUGGUGACGGGGGGAGCGGAGCUGUCCUGUGGCACCUGUAUGUUGGCCUUUGGGGUUUGGGGCACUCUGGUUGGUUUGAGUAUUGUGUCAUUGGGUUUAUGGGACCAUCUGGAGUACAAGAACAGUGGUCCGUCACACCUUCUGGCUCUUGGAUUGGUACUGCUGCUCACCAGUGUGAGUCUGGUAGCCGUGAUCUUUGUCCUCCGUUUCUUAAUGAAAAAGAGAAGAAUGAUGGCCAGACGAGAGAGGGCAGAAGCAAAUUUAGUGUUGGUUAAUGAUUAUGCAGAGGUUGUUUUAAAAAGAGUCACAGUGUAAAAGUGCAGUGAAGGGAAAAUUAGCAGUUUUGCUCUCUUUGAAUGAGUCAGACUCCCUGCUGCUUCAUCCUUCUUUUUCUCCGUCACUGUUUGCUUAAUCGUGUAGGAAUGUCACAGGAAAUUCAUUGGGUUCACUGCUACAGGAAACACUUGGCUAUUUCCUGUGUGAUUUCAGAACGCUCAAGGGACAUUUGCUUCUGCAUUCGUGUGUAUUUAUUAAAAACAGUUUAUUUACCACUCUUCAAAGGACUUUUAGACUUAAAUGUUUUAUUUAAGUUGGAAUGAAUAUUAUCCCAAAGCUUUUAAACUUUUAAACUUAAUCCCAUAAAUCAAUUUUUGUACUUAUUUUGAUAAAUCAAUAUACAUAAACUACAUUAUCUUCAUUGCCAUGUGCUGUCAAUGAAAUGACAACAUGUCCAAAUACAUCACAUC